AUGCAGAAACUGGAAAAGGAGAGGGAUACCCUGCGUGACGACGUUUCAUACCUUCAAUCUCAAUCUAUGCGAAAUAAUCUAGUUUUCACCGGGGUGGUCGAGGAUCAUACCGACGGGAAUGAGCAUGCAGACGUAACGGAGCGGAAGCUGCGUCAGCACCUCCAGGACGCCUUCAAGAUCGCCCGUGAGGUAGCCGACAGUAUUCGGUUCGAGAGGGUCCAUCGGUCACCAGGUUCCCCAUUUGCGGGCAAGACCAGGAACAUUAUAGCAAAGUUUACUUUCUUUAAAGAUCGAGAAAUGGUUCGAAAAUCUUGGAAACAGCUAGAUGCGACUCAGUUUCGAGUAUUUGAACAAUUCCCUCGGGAUGUCAUCCAGAAGAGGCGGAUGCUGUUUCCCCAGAUGAAAGAGGCGAGGAGGUUGGAUAAGAGGGCGUACCUAGCCUACGACACCCUCUACAUCGACGGAACUGCUGUGAGGGCAUAG